UAGAUAAGCAGACAGGAAAAAUGAAGCUCGAUCUGGACCGGGAGAAGGGCCUCGAGCUCUUUGGCAAGCUGAUACGUACAAAGAACAUCGAAAAUCUGCAGGGUAAUCAGCCCAAAACCGGUCCCGAGCCACUUCAUCCAGCCGACUCCAAGCAGAAAUUACAGAAGUGCCUGACGACUCUGGACCUGACGUCUUUAGGAGUUGGCUCCUGCGUCGGGACAGGGAUGUACCUUGUCGCAGGAAUGGUGGCGCGCAGCGUUGCCGGACCUGGUGUCGUCAUCUCAUUCAUUAUCGCAGCCAUUGCUUCCAUUUUUUCCGGUGAGUGCAUCACAAGUUUCUAAAAAAAACAAAAAAAAAAAAUUACACUUCUCCGUCAUCAUCGGUUAGACACGUUUGACAAGACACACGAUGCAUCGUGCGACUCGACACGAAAUGGAUCAAAAGGUCACAAUCGUUCAUCGUAAAGCCGUUGUAUUC